AGUAACACACUAUAUUUUGUAUUGUUGCAGAGUUCGAUUCGACACAAGAUUCUUUACAAAUUUGAAUGAAAAAAUAAAACUUUUGUAAAUUUUGUCGUGCUGCUGUAGUGAUUUUGUGUAUUAAACCGCAACAUUUCGUCAAUUACCUAUUUAAAUCAUAUAAAAUGUCUGACGCAAUCGACGAAUACUUCGAGGUUGCUUUGGAACUCGUAAAAAGUGCCGGAAACCUUAUAACUGAGUACACUUCUGGCUGCAAGGAGUACAAACUGAAGUCUUCCGAUAUUGAUCUAGUCACAGAAAUAGAUAAAAAGGUGGAAGAAACUUUAAUUACUGGACUUUCGAAGAAGUUUCCUUCACACAAGUUUAUCGGCGAAGAAUCGGUUGCUGAAGGUGCUAAAUGUGUUUUAACGGAUGAACCGACGUGGAUAAUCGACCCUGUUGACGGCACGUUAAACUUCAUUCACGGUUAUCCCAGCAGUUGCAUAUCUCUCGGAUUAACGAUCAAUAAGGAAGCUGUGGCAGGUAUAAUAUUCAAUCCUAUCGUUAACCAACUGUUCACAGCUAAAAAAGGUCAAGGAGCGUUCCUAAAUGGCAAGCCCAUACAUGUUUCUCAAGUUAAGGAUAUGAAAAAUGCUCUCGUAUCGUUUGAAGUUGGAACAAGUAGGGAUGAGGAGAAAAAGAAAGCUGUUUUAGAGAAUUUUAAGAUGAUUGUUGAUAAAACGCAAGGGAUUAGGACUGUUGGCUCUGCUGCUUUGAACAUGGCUAUGGUAGCUUUAGGAGGUGCGGAUGCAUAUUUUGAGUUUGGUAUCCACGCUUGGGAUAUUGCUGCAGGGGAUAUUAUUGUUAGAGAAGCAGGUGGGGUCUGUAUUGACCCUGCCGGUGGUCCAUUUGACAUUCUCUCUCGGCGAGUUUUAUGUGCAAGCAGUGCUGAGCUGGCUCAGGAGAUGGCCACUGUUCUACAUCAAUAUUAUCCUGAGAGGGACUGAGUGAAGUAUGUAUAACACAGACUAACUGAAAAAGAUAGAUAAACUUGCAUGUAAAGCAGAUUUUGCAAAGUUAAUUUUAUGAGAUACCAAUCUACCUUAUCACGUGUUAUUAUGCUAUGUAUAAUAUAACAUGUAAGAAAUGACCACUUAAAUAAACAUGUUGCAAGGGCUUUAUAUUUAGUCUGUAAUAAAAUUAUGUUAUACAUAUUAUAAUCAUCUUAAUUACCAGUGGAUGUGUUUAUUUCUAAGUUGAUUUCCUGUUUUAAUUAAGUAUUGAAUGUUUAUUAUUUUCACCGUGUACUUAAUGAGUUUUGAAUACAUAACAUAAUGUAAUGUAAUUAUAAUUAUUAUUUAUUAUGGUAGUAUGUUGUGAUUAUGAAUCACUGAUCUGAUGAAAUCAUACUUUAUAUUAUUUACUAAUUAAUAUAGGAAUAUCUGAAGAUUGAAGCAAUUAAUGCUUCUAUUACAACUAUAACAAUAUGAUGCCAAAAUAAAAAUGAUUAUUUACAAAGGAAUGAGACAAUUGACCAAGUAUUUUUGUUUAGUUGUACUUACUUAACAGUAGUAAAAAUGUUUAGUUACAUUUAAUGUAAAAUUCUCUUAUUCUUAUUUACCUGCCUAGUCUCAAAUGAGAGUAUUUUUUGGAACAAAAUAUAAGUGUAUUUUAAUUGAUAAAAUAAAUGAUUUGUGACCAAAGUUA